AUGAUAAUAAUAUUGCAAGACAUAAAGAAUACUAAACAUUGUUUCUCAUUUAGGUUUAAACAAGAAAAAAGCACCAUUCCAGCCUUCGAAAAGAAAGGGUUGUCUUAAUCAAGAAUCAUAUUUAUAAACCAGAAUAAUAUUAAGAAGAGAAACAAGACAAAUUAAUAGUUAAAGCUAAAGAUUUAGAGAAAGAAUAUCAUAUCAGAAUCCCUAUUAGUGCAAAUGAUAUCAGAGAAAUAUGAUAUGCUCAAAGAUGAUGCUGAUGAUAACACCGCUUAUCAUCAUAUUCAGCUCAGCAUAGUGAAAUUAUAGGAACAAGUAAUACUAGGCCAAAUUUGA